AGUUGCCGGUCUGGAGCUGAGCGCCGGGCUCCGCGGGGUCCUUGAGUGUUGCGGCGAAGUGUCUGCGCGAGAGCUUCUGGCCUGGGAGAGAGCUUUUGAGCAGGGACUUGGGCCUCACUUUCACGUGCACAGCGCGACCCCGGACCUGGUGACAAUGGCGGGGACGCAGUCCCUGGCCCUGCAGCUGGAACAGUUGUUGAAUCCGCGACCGCGAGAGGCGGAUCCUGAGGCCGACCCGGAGGAGGCCACUGUUGCCAGAGUGAUUGACAGGUUUGAUGAAGGGGAAGAUGGAGAAGGUGAUUUCCUGGCAGUGGGUAGCAUUAGAAAACUGGCAUCAACCUCCCUUUUGGACACAGACAAAAGAUAUUCUGGCAAGACAACCUCUAGGAAAGCUUGGAAGGAAGACCAUUGGGAGCAGACUCUAUCAGGUUCAUCGGAUGAUGAAAUACCUGAUGAGGAAGGGUCUGGAGAUGGAGAUUCAGAGGGACUGGGUCUUGAGGAAUCUGAUGAGGAUGACCUGAGUGCUGCUGAGGAACAGGACGCUGAGGACGAUGGGGAGAGCAGUCUGGCAGGGAGGAAGAAAAGCAGAAGCCACUCUGCAAAAACACCAGGCUUCAGUUUCCAGAGCAUUUGUGACUUUGAGAAAUUUGCCAAGGGAAUGGAUGACCUUGGGAGCAGUGAGGAGGAGGAAGAUGAAGAGGAGAGUGGCAUGGAAGAAGGGGACCUCGAGGAAGACGGGGAGGGUGAGAGUGAGGAAGACAGAGCUGGAGACAAGAGUAGUGAAGAUGAUGGUGUGGUGAUGACCUUCUCCAGCGUCAAGGUUUCUGAGGAAGUGGAGAAAGGAAGAGCUGUGAAAAAUCAGAUAGCGCUGUGGGACCAACUCUUGGAAGGAAGGAUCAAACUACAAAAAGCUCUGUUGACAACCAAUCAGCUGCCUCAACCUGAUGUUUUUCCUGUUUUCAAGGACAAAGGUGGCCCAGAAUUUGCCAGCGCCUUAAAAAAUAGUCACAAAGCUCUUAAAGCGUUGUUGAGGUCUUUGGUAGAUCUUCAGGAAGAGUUACUUUUCCAGUACCCAGAUACUAGACAUCUGGUAGAUGGGACGAAGCCCAAAGCGGAAAGUGAGGAGAUUUCUAGUGAAGAUGAUGAGCUAGUAGAAGAGAAGAAGCGGAGAAAGGCCCCACUGAAGAGGAAGCUGGAGAUGGAUGACUAUCCCAGCUUCAUGGCAAAGCGUUUUGCUGACUUCACAGUCUACAGGAACCGAACACUGCAGAAGUGGCACGAUAAAACCAAGCUGGCUUCUGGAAAGUUGGGGAAGGGUUUUGGUGCCUUUGAACGGUCAAUCUUGACUCAGAUUGAUCAUAUUCUGAUGGACAAAGAAAGAUUACUUCGAAGAACACAGACCAAGCGCUCUAUCUACCGAGUUCUUGGCAAACCUGAACCAGCAGCUCAACCUGUCCUAGAGAGUUUGCCAGGAGAACCGGAGAUCCUUCCUCAAGUUCCUGCCAAUGCUCACUUGAAGGACAUGGAUGAAGAAAUAUUUGAUGAUGAUGACUUUUACCACCAGCUCCUUCGAGAACUCAUAGAACGAAAGACCAGCUCCUUGGAUCCCAAUGAUCAGGUGGCCAUGGGAAGGCAGUGGCUUGCAAUCCAGAAGCUACGAAGCAAAAUCCACAAGAAAGUAGAUAGGAAAGCCAGCAAAGGAAGGAAACUUCGGUUUCACGUCCUUAGCAAACUCUUAAGCUUCAUGGCACCUAUUGACCACACUACAAUGAAUGAUGAUGCCAGGACAGAGUUGUAUCGAUCUCUUUUUGGCCAGCUCAACCCUCCUGACGCCGGCCUUGGGGAUUGACGUCGCUGUCUCCUUUGCUGUGGGCCUCCAGGCGGCGCCUCCCUGUACCCCGCCAGACCUGCUGGCAGCUGUGACUCCCUGGUGCUGAACCGCGAGGGGAUCCCUGGGAAGGAGCUCUGCCCAGAACAUGUGCCUAGUACUUGCAAGGGCGCCUCCCCGUGUCCUUUAACCAUCACAAAUAAAGAGUAUUGUCACGCCGUU